ACCAACUUAACGCCAUUCAAUUUCAAACGCGGGCGCAGUGUACACGUCAACAUGGGUAGCUACGGUAUUUCUAAAGUGACCUUAUAUGUUUUAAACACGAUCUACGCGGUAUUGGGCUUGGCCAUCGCCGCCGCGUCGAUAUGGUUCUUUUGCCAAGUCACCGAGUUCACAACGCUAAGGAAUAGUAACCAUUAUCUCCUGGAUUAUACCGUCUAUUGGCCCCAAGCUAUACCCUGGCUGUUUUUGAUUGUUGCGUUCCUUGUUCUGGGUGUGUCAGCGUGUGGAUUUAGCAGUGCACAUAAAAACAGUCGUGGUUUGAUCACCGUGUUUGUCACUGCGCAGUCUAUAGCGAUUAUUUGCCUGAUUGCUGCAGCCGUUGUGGCCCUUGUGUUCGCCGACAACAAAUCUACGGAUGACUUUGUAAAAGAUACGGUGUGGGAUGUGUACUUCCAGACAAAGACAGAUAACGAAGUAGCGACGUCUUUUGGCGUUAUCGAGAGAAAGCUGCACUGCUGCGGGGCGGACAGCCCGAGGGAUUACAAGAACUGGAAAAAUGAGUUCCCCAUGUCCUGUUGUGAUACUUAUUACCACGGAUUUCUUGAUGCAUACACAAUUGAUUGUGAGUUCACGAAUAAACUAGCGAAUGAAAGACACGGAUGUUCAACGGUCGCUGCGCAGUACGCAAGAAUUGUUAUUAAAGUACUGUCUGGAGCGUCGAUUUUUACAGCUAUAAUUGGGAUGAUGAGCCUUGGAGUUGCCGUAGGCUUGUCCAAAUCAAUAGCGAAGAAGCGAAGAAUACAAGCGUUGAAAAAUGAAUCAGAGAGCAAAAAGGUUCUAUUGUAAUAGAUCAAGGAUUUUCUAUGUAAGUACAAACUUGGCCAAAGAUUAUUUUUAGUUUAAAGUUAUUUACGCCUGUUUUGGGGCAGCUUUGAUCCCAUGGUCGAAGUUUUAUUGUCGUGCAGUUUUAAAUGAUUUCAAAAUGUUUUAGAUUGUAAAAUGUUUUUUGAAAUCGUAGUUUGGCCAAGUUUUAGACAAUUGUAAACAUCUUUGGGUAUGACAUCACACUUUAAAGCAAUUACUUCAACGAUGUGAUCUUGACUUAGGGUUCUCACCUGUCCAUUUAUAUAUCUACUUGUAUUUUUAUAUUCUAUACAUCUAGUAACAGAUUAGAUUUGGUGUGGCUCUAACACACCCAUUUUUUAAAGCACCAUAAUUACUUUCUUUCGUACCUUCGCAGAUCUUUCCGCACGCUUUUGCCACACCAAGUUUUUUCUCUUUUUAAUGUAUAUUAGUAUUUAAUAGGUGCAGUGGGUUAUAAUAAUUUUAUAGUCCCACCGUAGAAAUAUGAAAUAAUACUGUCAGAGGAGGUUUAAUUAUGUAGAAUCUCAGUGUCACAGUAAUGAUGGUAAAGAUUGAGGAUUAUUUUGUUUUGGUUGGUAGCCCUGUAUUUAUCAAUUUUUAAGACUGCACAAUCUAGCAUUUACUCAAUUUAUGCUUUAAUACGAGUACAUGUCGACAUUUCGAAUAAAUAAAUGAAUUACAUUUAAUGUACAUAGAUAAAUUAGUUUUAAUAUUUAUAAAUACUUUUGUGCUAAUUUUAAAGAAGUUUAGUAUACGAUUUAUAAUUGUAAUAUAGUGAUA